AUGCCAAAAAAUCUCCUACAUCAAUCGACAUCAUCAGAUGCUCUUCGUUUAAAAGCAUUACAAUCUGGUUUUGAAAGUCGUGUUGAAGUUAAUCAACGAAUGUUAAUUGAUAAAAUGCUUGCACGUUAUUCAUCAGAUUUUGUUGUUUGUCGUGAAUUAAUUCAAAAUUCUGAUGAUGCUAAAGCAACAUCAUUUCAUUUUGAAAUAACUUGUGAUAAUAAUGGAUUAUCAUCGGAAAAAAAUUUUCAUAAUAAAACUAUAACAGAAAUUCGUACAAUAAACAAUGGUCUUAUUUUUAAUGAAAUUGAUUGGAAACGUGUAGCAGCUAUAGCUGAAGGAAAUACAAAUGUUGAAUCAGUUGGUCAAUUUGGUGUUGGAUUUUUUUCUGUUUUUUCAUUUUCAGAAGAACCAAUUAUAACAUCAGGAAAUCAAUAUAUGGCAUUUGUUUGGCGUAAUGAUAAUUCUUUAACAACUUAUCGUCAUGAAUUACCAUUAGAUCAACAAUCAAAAUUAACAUCAAUUAUUCUUAAAAUGCGUACAAAAUAUAUUUUACAUACAGAAACAAAUUUUGAUUUUGAUUCAAUAAUAGAUAUUAAUGAAAGUCCUAAUAUUAAAUCACCAAUUAAAAAACGACAAAAGAAAAGUAUAACAACAACAACAAAUGAAAUUAUUCCAACAAUUAAUCUUACACAACUUAAAGCUUAUUUUACUAAAGUUUUAUCAUUUACAAAAUAUAUUAAUGAACUUAUUAUAAAAAUUGAUCAAAAAGUAAUUUUUAAAGUAACAAAAACAAGAAAAUCUAUAUCAUCAACAAAAUCUAAUCUUGAAUUAAAAAAGAAUUCUAUUCAUAAUAUGUUACAUCUUAAUUCAUUAAUUCAAACGGAACAAAUCUUUUCUAUUGAACAUGGUCCAUCAAUAACAUUAAAUCAUAUAUCUGUUGAUGCAAAAUUAAUUAUUGAUGAAAAUUAUCAUAGUCAUAUUCGAUGUAUAUUAAAAAAAAAUUUACCACCAAAUGUACAAAUUCAACUUUUAUAUACACCUAAUAAUAUUGUUAUGAAACAACAAUCAUCAAAAAAUGAUGAUCUUCAUAUGAAAAUACUUCAUUCAUUAAUACCAUUAAAAUUUCAAAAUAAUAAAAUUUAUCCAUCAGGUUUAAUUUUUAUUGGUCUUGGAACACAUCAAACAACUGGAAUAGGAAUGCACGUUUAUAGUCAUUUAAUAUCAACAAUUGAACGUGAAAAUCUUGAUUUACAAGAUCCAUAUAUAUCGAAAUGGAAUAGAGAACUUCUUUUAUCUAUUGGACAAAUAGCAAGAGUUGUUUUUGAUCAAUUAAUACUUGAUAAUAGACAAUUCGAUUCUAUAAUUGCUUCUUAUUCAUUUCAACAAUCUGUACCAAAUAAUGAAAUCGGUUCGAUUCUUGUCGAUGGAUUUUUUUCUUCUAAUAAAGAUUUACUUGUUCCUGUUAAACGAUCUCCAACAGAUAUUAAUCUUUCACUUAUUCCAUCAAUACAAGCAUAUAUAACAACAAAUUCUAAAUAUAUUCAUUCCUUUCUUUCAUUACCACUUGUGCCAUAUGAAUUAAGUCAAAAUAGUUUAUUUCAAAUAUUAAAAGAUCGUAAUUUAAUUAUUGAAGUUGAUAAUAAAUUAAUUGAAUCAAUAAUAACAACAACAAUACUUUUAUCAAAUCAAUUUAUUGAAUUUCUUCAUUGGUUAUUUAAUCAAAAUAAUAUUGAUAAACAAUAUAUAAAACAUUUAUUAUCCAUAGUACGUUUUCGUGAAACAAAUAAUUCAUCAAUAAUAAGAUUAGAACAAUUAAAAAAUUAUGAUAAUUUUAAUAUAUCAACAAUAAUACCAUUACCAUCACAUAUUUUACCUGCAAGUGUAGCUACUUAUUUAUCACGAGAAGAAUUACAAAAACAAUUAUCAUUAACACCAUUUACAUUAAAAGAUUUUCUUCAUUAUUAUUUAUGUCAAAAUCAAUUAUAUUUAUUUACAAAAGAAAAUACAUCAACAUGUUUAUUACAUAUUAUUUCAAAAUAUUCUGGACAAUUAAAUAAAACAGAAUGGAAUAAAUUAAAAACAACAUUAUCAACAAUAACAUGUAUACCAACAAAUCAAGGAAUGAAAAUCCCUAAUGAAUCAUAUAUUCCAUCAUCAAUUUUAUCAUCAGAUUUACCAAUAAUAACAUUAAAUGUACCACAAAAUUUAACUGAUGAUGAUGAUAAUGAUAAUCAAUCAAUACUAGAAAAUAUGGAAAAUUCAAUAUCAGCUGAAUUUCUUAAACGAUUAGGUUGUCGAACAUUAAAUGUUCAAUCAUUUGUACAUGCACAAUCAUCAUCAUCAUCAUUAACAAAUUCAACUUCAUCGAUGAAAGCUUUAAUUCAACAUUUAAUGGAAGAAAGAGAUAACAUGAGUGAAGGAGAUUUUAAUGCAUUAAAACAAAGUGAAUGUCUUAGAGGUACAACUCUCAUAUCAAAUAAAGAAAGUACAAGAAACUAUGCUCCACAAGAUCUUCAUUUUCCAUCUGUUGCUAUUCAACUUCAAUGGUCAACAUUACCAAUUAUUGAUUGGUAUGAUAUUGAUCCACAUUCACAUGAAUAUACAUUUCUAAAAGAGAUUGGUGUACGUGAAGUACCUGAUUUACAAAAAUUAAUUAAUCGAAUUAUUGAAGAACAUAAUGAACAAACGAAAAAAUCAAACGAUGAAUAUAAAUUACCUAUAGCACUUAAAUUUUUAGCUGAAAAUUUUCAACAAUAUUAUUCAAAAUUAUGGAAAACAGCUAAAAUUAAACGACCUUUUCUUCCAUCUAUUUCACUAUCAAAAACUAUUAUAUUAUCAUUACCCGAACAAAUUUUUAAAGAUAAAAGCCCAUUAUGUACAACAUUAUUACCCAAUGUUAUUCAAUUAUUUGAAGAACAUUUUAAUAUAUCAUUACUUGGUAUUAAAGAUCGUCCAACAUUAACAAUAGCUUUUGACAUUUUAAUGAAAAACAAACAAAAAAUACUUAAUAUAGAAACAGCUCCAAAAAUUUUUGCUUAUAUGAAUGAACUUGAUGGUCUAAGUCGAUCAUUAAUUGAACGUAUAUCCAAAUUUGCUUUUAUUCCUCUUAAAGGAAAUAACAAUUUUAUGAAACCAUCACAAGUUUUUAUUCGUCCUGAUAAUUUAACAACAAUAUCUGAAGAUGACGAUGAUGAUGAUGAUGAUGAUGAAAUAACACAAAUCAUUGGUAGUGGUAGCCGUAAACGAAAUAAUACUAAGACAACAACAACAUCAAAGAAUAAAAAAAUAAAAACAAUACCAUUAACUAUAGAUGAUAUAGAUAAAAGUGGUUUAAUUGAUUAUAUUGAUUAUGGUCCUAAAGGAAAUUCUUUUCUUCUUGGUAUUGGUGUACUUCAUUAUCCAUCUGCAAAUGUUUUAGUUGAAUUAUUAAUUGAUCGACAAGUAAAUUAUUUUUCAAAUUUAAAUCAAAAUAAUCCAAAUGAUUUACAAGAAAAAUUACAUGCCUAUACAAGUUGUCUUCGACAACUUGCUAUUGCAACAAAUGAAUUACAAUCAGUAUCAUUAAUAAAAAGAUUAAAAAAUGAAGCUUGGUGUUUAGGUUAUCAAGUUAUUGAUGGAUGUUCAAAUAAUGAAAAACAACGUAUAUUUAAAAUUGUAUCACCUAAUAAAAUUUAUCUUGAUGAUGAUCAUCAAUGUGCUAUUGAUCUUCGACCAUUAUUACCACCUGAUGAACCAGAAUUAACAAAAUUAUAUGAGAAAUUUGGUGCUUCAUGGUUAUCAGAAUGUGUAAAAAGAACUUUAGUACAUAAAGGAAACAUUAUUAUAUCAGAUCGAUGUAAUAAAUUACGUGAUUUAAUUCAAUAUCGUCUUGAUAUGUUAUUUGUUAAUAAUCGAGGUGAAAAAAUGGAAAAUCUUGAUGAAAAACGUAUUGAAAUAUUGAGAACAAAUUUAUCUGUUUACGAAGUUGAUAAUAUUCAAUGUCAAUUAACAUUUCAAAAAAAGACAAUUACACUUGAUGUAAGCUAUUUAUUUCUAAUCAUUUAAUCUUUUGUGAAACAUAAUCGACAAAGAGUAUUGAAGUAUAUUGGGCAGAAAUUUAAACCUUCCUCGAUAGAUAGAAUCCAUCGGCAUUGUUGAUAUGCGAUCACAUAUCGUA